UGCAAGCAUAGCUAUCGUAAGCGACAUGAUGUAUCCCACAGCAAGAGAUUCCGCAUCUAUAGGAAAUGUUUCAGAUGAUGAAGGUUUAUUCGUAGAUAAUGAUUUCCCACCGUCUGCAACAACUUUAUACCAUAGCCAGAAGUCAAAAGAUAAAAAUGUCAUUUGGUUAAGACCCCAUGAAUUAGUUGCCAAACCAGAAUUAUUAGUUAAUGGUGUAAGCCGACAUGAUAUUGUUCAAGGUAUUCUAGCUGACUGCUGGUUUUUAUCUUCAUGUGCAGCUGUUGCACAAAGACCCGAUUUAAUGGAAAAGGUGAUUCCAUCCAAUCAACCACUAAGUGGACAUGGAUAUAAAGGAAUAAUUACUUUUCGUUUCUGGAGAUUCGGUCAUUGGAUUACAGUUUAUGUUGACGAUUUGCUACCAACUAAAAAUAAAAAACUCAUAUUUUCAAGAAGUUCAGAACCAAGAGAAUUUUGGGUAUCACUCUUGGAAAAAGCUUACGCAAAAUUGCAUGGCUCAUAUGAGGCAUUAGAAGGUGGACAAUCUAUGGAUGCAUUAGUAGAUUUAACAGGAGGUUUAGCCGAAAUGUAUGUGUUGGAAUCAGCACCACCUCAUCUUUACAAUAUUUUACUCGUAGCAUCAACAUCUGGAGCUUUCAUUACAUGUUCUAGGAAAGGAGACUGGAUGGAAUCGCUGAAAGCUGAUCCAAAUGGUUUAGUAUCUGGUCAUGCUUAUACAAUAAGUGCUGUUGCAAUAGUAAAGCUCAGCACAGGUUCAGAAGCAUAUUUAAUACGUAUACGAAAUCCCUGGGGUAAUGAUACAGAGUGGAAUGGACAAUGGAACGACAGUGAUAGUAACUGGCAGAAUGUUGAUUCAAAUACCAAGGCAAGAAUAGAUUACAGUAAGAGAGGAGAUGGAGAAUUCUGGAUGAGCUUUCAAGAUUUUUGUCGUGAAUUUGAAGAAGUAACGAUAUGCAGUCUUACUCCUGAUUUAUGUCAACCAACUUCAGUCUCAAAUAAUACACUUUGGGAAGGUUCACAGCAAGCUACUUUCACAAAAACUAUCUAUGGAAGAUGGGAAGAAGGUAAAAGUUGUGGAGGUUCUCGAAAUAAUCUUGUUUCUUUUGCUACAAAUCCACAGUUCCUGUUAACUCUUUCAACCCCGGAAAGUCGAAAAGAUGAUAAAUGUAACAUUGUUGUGGCUCUUAUGCAAUUAAGACGUCGUUGUGUUCGACAUCCACAAAGAAAAAUGUUACAAAUAGCUUUUGUGAUUUUCAAAGUAAAACAAGCUAUAAGGCAGACCUUGCAAGAUUUUUUAAGUAUUGAAGAAGUUGGAAAUUCUGGACCUUAUGUUAACUACAGGGAAGUUUUUGGUCGAUUUCAAAUGAAAUCCGGGAAUUACGUUAUUGUUCCAGCAGUUUUUGAAGCAAAUGCUCCAGGAUCUUUUUACAUCAGAGUUUAUGCUGACACUCACAUUUUAUUAAAAGAGCUGUGAUCGAUCCUGAAAUGGAUGAAUACCUCAAAUAUUUUGUAAGACAAAUUUUAAAGAAAACAGCAUGGUACUACAG